AUGAAAUCAACAGCUCCAAUAGAUAAUAUAGAUUUAAAAAAAGAAAUUGAUAAAGUAGCUUAAAUGGAUUUACCUGUUCAACCUGAAACUAACUUUUAAUUCUUUGAUUAAUAGAUAUCUGUUUAACCACCAGAUUUACCUAAUGCUAGUAUUGCAUCUCCAUUAACACCUGGAAAUGGUUAUGCUCCAUCAAUACCUUAUACACAUAAUGUUAAAGAAAAUAAUAGAACUAGUAUUAAAGAUUUACUUGUAAGAGCCAAGGCUGGUAUGUAAGCAGGUGAUAUUUAAAAAGAAGCUCAUUUAUCAUUUUAUUUAGGAAUGGUUUAUGAGAGUAGUAAAAAUCAUAAUGAAGCAGUGAGAUUUUAUAAGAAAUUUGUUGCUUGUGCUAAGUUAAUGGAAGAUAAAAUAGGAAUGGCAUUAGGUACUAAUAGAGUAGGCUUUAAUUAUUAUAAUGCAGGUAAUUUUACUAAAUCAAUUGAAUUUCAUAAACAAAAUUUGUAAUAUUCAGAUCAAGAAAAUAUGUUUACAGGAUUCUAUAAUAUGGGAUUAGCUUAUAGAAGAUUAAAAAAUUAUGAAGAAUCUAUAGAUUAUUUUUCAAAUGCUUUGGAAUGGGCAUAAAAAAGAGAUGAAGCAGAAUCAUCAUGCAUUUCUUAUGGUUAAUUAGGAAUAGUAUUUUUAGAAGUCAAAUAAUAUGAUUAAGCAUUUGAAAAUUUUCAAGUAAAGUUUUUAAAGAUCAAUAGAAUUGUUAUGAGUUAGCUAGAAGAUUGAAAAAUCACAAAUUACAAUUAGAUUGCUUAUUGAAUCUUAUUAAAAUUUCAGGAUAUCUUUAAACUUCAACUGAAGUAUAAACAUAAAUUUUGAAAAAUGCAAUUUUAGUAAUUUUUAUUUUUAUUUUUUUAAAGUGUGCAAAUCAUUUAAAUGAAAAAUCAAUAGCCACUUUAUGUUUAUGUAACUUAGGUGUUCUUGAAUCAAAACCUCUUUUACCGAAUUAAUAGUAUGACGAUUUAGAUUAUGAAUAAUUUUGA